ACACACCCAUCUCCUUUAUUUCCUUGACCCAACUUCUAAUUUUUAAAAAGUUGGCCCAAACCACACCUAAAAAUGACUUCUCUUUCACCAUUCUAAUCGGUCCGUCUCUCUCACUUCUUGUUCCCAGAAACUGAAAAUCCCCAAAAUCAUCUCCUCUUUUCUCUCACGCGAUUUGCAUCGCUGCAACUCUUUCUCUCCAUCUAAUUAUCUCUCAAUUUCGACAGCAAACUCUCCCUCUCUCUCUUCCCCUUUCAUCUCAAUUGAAAAAUCUCAAAUUGCACUCUCAUAUUCCUCACUAUGAUUCAGCGCCGCCACCGGUUAUCUCUCUCGCUCUCUCAGGAAAUUCUUAGCCACCGUCAGUAGCUGUUCCAAAAUCAGAAUCCCAACCAUCUCGGCGGAAAACAGCGCCUUCGCCGGCGUCAGUUCCCAUAUCUGUAGAAUCAGUCUCAGUCGCUCUCUUCUACGCUCUUUCUCGACUUCAGUUACUGGUAGCCACUACACUCUCGUUAAGCGUCACUGAAUCCAUCUCACUGUUCUCCGUUUCCCCCUCUCGGUCUCCCUCUCAUUCUGUUCUCCGCCACCGCUGCCGUCAUCCGUUGAAUUGCGCUCUAUCUCGAGCCUCCGUCAGCGGCAUCCCAGUUAGAGCCGCGCCGUCGUGUUUUCGCGGUGUUACCCGCCGCCGUCCAAUCCUCCAUCGCGUUCCAGCAGUGAGUCCUUCAUCGUCGCGGUCAGCCCCUGCUGCCCGGUGCUGACAAUUUCGUUUCUCCUCCCUCUCUUUCUCUAAUUUCUCAAUUCUUUGGUAUUGAAAAAGAAUGUGGUGCAAGAUUGUAUGAAAGUGGGGAAGCCGUGAGUAUAUAUGUAUAUCGAUGUAAAAUCUGCGUUGUGUUGGGAGUAGUGGGGACCGUGGAGGAAGUUUUGAGUAAAGUUUGGGCUGCAAAAGAAUUUAUUUUGGGCUUUCUCAAAUGACUUCAGUUUAUAUAAAUAAUUGGGCUAGGAAAGAAUAAUUGUCUCGGCCCAAAAAGUAAAUCUGUUUUCCACCUUCGAUAUCACAUUUCUCGUUCUUUGAUUUCCAUCUGCAUUUUCCAUCUUUCAAAUGUAAAACGAACUCGGGCUCUUAGCUCAUUUUCAGCUCUAUAAAGAUCGGCGCAUUGGAGUGAUUUUUAUGCGUAUGUACUGGUCAAGUGAAGGUUUUUAUUCGCAUUUCAAGCUGAAAUUCUUUUCGUUUUUCCCUUUAUAAAUUUUAUUUUUGUGAAAAUGGCGGCGACGAAGGGUUCGUCGUCGUCGCCGACAUGUAAUUUGGCGGCUCUGGAUUCUCUGAAUGAGAACUCAAUCGGAGAAAUGACGAAUAGCUGGAAUGCGUUUUGCGCAGCAACAGAAGCGCAGCUGAGGCGCGAUAAAAAUCUGUCGUUCGCUUCUGAUAUCGUGCCACGUGUCCGAACUCUAUGCGGUUAUGGACUCCAGUCACUGAUCAUCGAGCACUUCCUUUGCUCUGUAGAGAAAACAUUUGAGAAAAAUGGAGCAUCAAGGUUUUGGAAGCAUUUUGAUGCUUACAGCAAAAUGGUGGUUCAGGAUAUGGAAGACAUGGAUCAACAAGGGGAGAUGCUAGAAGUGCUACAUACAGCCUUAGAACAGAUAACAUCUGAAAAGCAAUACCUGGAGAAGUGCCUAUUUGUGUUAAUUCAUGCUUUAGAGACAUGUAGGGAGAGUAAGCCUGAAGAAACAGCCCACUCAGAUGCAGAGCGAAACUACUUAUUAUCAAAAUAUCAACUAAUAGUAACUUCGGUUCUCAUGGCUAGUCUUCCUCGACAUUUCCCUGAUGUGCUUCAGUGGUACUUUAAGGGAAGGCUUGAGGAGUUAAGUGCGAUGAUGGCGACAGGGUCUGAGUACAAUAACAAGUUAAGUGUAGAUGAUGAAGGGGACCGGGAUUGCAGAAGAGUGGAAAUGGAUAUUGAUGAAAACCAACACCAAAGAAUUGUACUGGGAAACAAUAAAUUAGUAAAGAACAUUGGGGAGGUUGUACGUGAUCUGAGGCAUCUUGGUUUUACCUCAAUGGCCGAAGAUGCCUAUGCGUCUGCCAUAUUUUUUCUAUUGAAGGGCAAAGUGCAUGAGCUGGCUGGUGAUGAUUUCAGAUUUUCAGUAUUAGACUCCAUUAAGCAGUGGAUACAGGAUGUGCCUCUUCAGUUUUUACAUGCCCUUCUUGCAUACCUGGGUGACUCUGUCAGUUAUGGAAGCCCUUCUUCUGGUCUGAAAUCUCCUUUGGCAUCUCACCCAUCUUAUAAGUAUUGUGGAAACGAAGUUCCUUCAGAAGGACUCAUCCGAUGGCAGUUACGCCUAGAGUAUUUUGCUUAUGAAACAUUACAAGAUCUAAGAAUAGCCAAGCUUUUUGAAAUUAUUGUGGAUUAUCCUGACAGUUCCCCUGCUAUUGAAGACUUGAAACUGUGUCUUGAAUAUACCGGGCAGCACUCGAAACUUGUUGAUUCUUUCAUAGCUGCACUCAAAUAUCGGUUACUAACAGCUGGUGCCUCUACCAAUGAUAUAUUGCAUCAAUAUGUUUCAACUAUUAAAGCCCUUCGAACCAUAGACCCAGCUGGCGUAUUCCUUGAAUCUGUUGGUGAACCAAUAAGAGAAUACUUGAAAGGAAGGAAGGAUACCAUUAAAUGCAUUGUUACCAUGCUCACUGAUGGGGCUGGUGGAAAUCCUACUGGACCUGGAAGUACUGGGGAUAGCCUUCUUGAAGAGCUAAAUAGAGAUGAAGAAAAUCAAGAGAGUUCUAGCUUUGAUGAUGAUGUUUGCAGUGAUGACAAACAAGCUUGGAUAAAUGCCCAAAGUUGGGAACCUGAUCCAGUGGAAGCAGAUCCCUUGAAGGGCAGCAGGUACCGGAGGAAGGUUGACAUUCUUGGUAUGAUUGUCGGCAUAAUUGGUUCGAAGGAUCAGUUGGUGAAUGAGUAUCGUGUUAUGCUGGCUGAAAAGCUUCUGAAUAAAUCUGAUUAUGACAUUGAUUCGGAGAUACGUACACUGGAACUCCUGAAGAUUCAUUUUGGUGAGAGCAGCAUGCAGAAAUGUGAAAUAAUGCUCAAUGAUCUAAUUGAUUCAAAAAGGACGAACACCAAUAUUAAAAAAGCAACCAUCAAGCAACAACCUAAGCCAGUUGCUGACAUCGGAGAGGUUGAGCUUUCACUUGAUAAUGUUGAUGCUACCAUUAUAUCAUCCAAUUUCUGGCCACCUAUCCAGGAUGAGGCCCUAAAUAUACCUGGACCUGUGGACCAGCUUUUAAGUGAUUAUGCUAAGAAGUUCAAUGAAAUCAAGACCCCUCGUAAGCUCCUAUGGAAGAAAAGUCUUGGUACUGUGAAGUUGGAGCUGCAAUUCGAAGAUAGAACACUGCCAUUUAUGGUCACACCUCUCCAAGCUGCCAUCAUUGGUCAAUUCGAGGAUCAAACAAGUUGGACGUCGAAGAAUCUUGCUGCUGCUGUUGGUGUACCAAAUGAUGUAUUGAACAGAAGAAUAUAUUUUUGGAUAAACAAGGGGAUCCUAGCAGAAUCAGUUCCGGAUUCUGGGGAUCACACAUUUACUCUGGUGGAAGCCAUGGCCGAGGGUGGCAAGGCUGGUGUUGGAAGUGGUAGUCCUGAAGAGCUUCUAGCAGGUGAUGAGGAUGGAGAGAGAUCCGUAGCAUCUGUUGAAGACCAGCUCCGAAAAGAAAUGACUGUUUAUGAGAAAUUCAUCACAGGGAUGCUCACCAAUUUUGGCAGCAUGGCACUAGACCGGAUUCACAAUACUCUCAAGAUGUUCUGUAUAGGCGACCCCUCGUACGACAAAUCACUCCAACAGCUGCAAAGUUUUUUAGCUGGUCUAGUUGCAGAAGAGAAGCUCGAACUCAGAGAUGGAAUGUAUUUCUUGAAGAAGUAGUACUUAACAUAUAUUUUCAUUGUGCUUGGCUGAAAACUCUAUAUUACCAAGCACAAAUUUUGACCUAUUUAAACUUCCUUGAAUCAUGUAAACUACUCCAUGUUAAUGUAAUAGAAUAUGCCUAUUUUCGUUCUA